AUGGCUUCCAGUAGCUUUGCAACCCCAAAUCCUCCAGUAUUCACAGGAGAAAACUACCCUAUUUGGGCAGUGAAGAUGAAGGCAUACUUCAAGGCUUUUGACCUGAGGGAUGCUAUAGAAACAAGUAGAGAUGUGCCUCUCGAGAGCAGUUCAAUUAUUGCUCAAAUCAAGCAACACAGUGAGGAGGUAGCUAAGAAAUUCAAGGCUCUCUCUUGUAUUCACUCUACUGUAACAGAUGUGAUUUUCACAAGGAUAAUGACCUAUGAAACUGCAAAGGAAGCAUGGGACAAGCUCAAGGAAGAGUACCAAGGAAGUGACAGAAUGAGGCAGAUUCAAGUGCUAAAUUUGUGGAGAGAGUUUGAGGUUCUAAAGAUGGAAGAGUCAGAGACUGUUAAGGAGUAUUCUGAUAGGCUUAUGAAGGUCGUAAACCAAAUCAGGUUGCAUGGGGAGGAGUUUCCGGAUAAGAGGAUAGUUGAAAAGGUGUUGGUCAGUAUUCUAGAAAGGUUUGAGUAA